CUCUCAUUGUAUGCUGAAGCAUUUUCCAUCCCAGUUCUUCCCCAUUCCACCCCCACUUCCAAUUAAAAUUGCCUUGAAUCUUUGGUGAUCUUUUUAGAGCCCAGCUUCUUAAACUGUGAUUCACAAUCCCAUGUGGAAUCUCAUAAUUGAAUGCGAGGGCUAUGAAAUUAGGAUUUAUUAUCAGUAAAUGUUCAAUUUGUAUGCCUUGAUAUACCUAUAUAUCUAGGGUCAUGUAAAAAUUGCUCUGUCAAAAAGGAGUUGUGAGUGAAAAAGUUAAGGAACCCUGGGCUAGAGUGUCUAAAUAGUAUUUGCCACAUAGGUUUAGCUAUAGAGCAGGAGUGGACCUUGGAGCCUAUUUAGUAUGUAACCCUGCCAUUUUACAGACCUGAGCCCUAGAUGGGAGGCAGCCUGGGACUGGCCAGACCAGGAGCAUUUGUUCAGUGGGGAGGCUCCCUGCUAAGGGAGACAAAAUGGGAGGUGGCUCUUGGAGGGACACACCAUGUAGGCAAGCAUAGACAUGAUAACCGGAGCUGAUGGUGAGAAUACAGUUAAAAGGGAAUGCUUCUCUUAUGAGAUGGAACGUCUCGGGGGAAGCGAGGCAUUUUGGAUAAUGGACAUGAGAAGGUGAAUCCUUGGGGAGAGUGGGGGUUACAGCUUAUGCAGAGGCAUGGGAAUGGCCAUACAAGCCCAAAUUUGACUAGAAUGUAGCGCUCCUUAGAGGGGCUAAUGUGAAAUGCCUUUGGAAAGGUGGACUGCUGCUAGGUUGUGAAAGUCUUUGAAUGCCAAGCUGAGGCUUAUUUUGUCCUAGACUGUAGGGCCCCGAAGCUUCUUGAGCAGAGACUUGUGCUUUAGAAAGAUCACUUUGAUACCUAUAUGAAAAUGGAUUGGAUUAACAUCCUGGAAGCCAGAUAGAAAGCUAUUUGAAAUAAUCCAGAAUUGCAUGGAAGCACAAGAGAAAGAGAAGUCAGCCAUGUCCACAGAGUCGAACAAAAAGCGGAAACCCAAAGUGAUCCGAAGUGAUGGAGCCCCAUCUGAAGGGAAGCGGAAUCGGAGCGAGCUGGACUUGGACAUGAAGUAUUAUAGUGAGGAGGCCGAGGUGGACAUUCGAGACCCCAACAAGGACUAUGAUCUCUACAGGUUCACCUGCCACGAACUCCAGCGACUCAUGGCUGAAAUCCAAGAGCUCAAGAGCAGAGGCAGCAGGGAUAGUGCGUCCGAAAUUGAAGAAAGGAGAAUCCAGAGCUGUGUUCACUUUAUGACCCUGAAGAAACUGAACCGACUGGCUCACAUCAGACUGAAGAAGGGGAGAGAUCAGACUCAUGAGGCUAAGCAGAAAGUGGAUGCCUAUCACCUCCAGCUCCAGAACCUGUUGUAUGAGGUGAUGCACCUGCAGAAAGAGAUCACCAAGUGCCUCGAGUUUAAGUCAAAGCAUGAAGAAAUAGAGCUGGUAAGUAUGGAAGAGUUUUACCGGGAGGCUCCUCCCGAGAUCAGCAAAUCUGAGAUCACCAUGGGGGACCCUCACCAGCAGACCCUUGCUCGCCUUGACUGGGAGCUGGAGCAGCGGAAAAGGUUGGCAGAAAAAUACAAAGAAUGUCUUGCCAACAAAGAGAAGAUCCUGAAGGAGAUUGAAGUCAAGAAAGAAUACCUGAGCAGCCUUCAGCCUCGGCUUAAUAGCAUCAUGCAGGCCUCACUCCCCGUGCAGGAGUACCUCUUUAUGCCGUUCGACCAGGCCCACAAGCAGUAUGAGACCGCCCGGCACCUCCCCCCGCCCCUUUACGUGCUCUUUGUGCAGGCCAGUGCUUACGGCCAGGCCUGUGCUUAUAUGAAACCUUCCUCCCAGCCCCCUAGGCAGGAUAAGAAGCUGUCGGUGGCUAUAGAGGGCAGCGUGGAGGAAGCCAAGGCACUAUACAAGCCGCCCGAGGAUUCUCAAGAUGAUGAGAGCGACUCGGACGCCGAGGAGGAGCAGAGCACAAAACGUCGACGCCCCACCCUGGGUGUUCAGCUGGAUGACAAGAGGAAGGAGAUGCUCAAGAGACACCCACUGUCAGUCAUGCUUGACCUCAAGUGCAAAGAUGACAGCGUGCUCCAUCUGACUUUUUACUACCUCAUGAACCUGAACAUCAUGACAGUGAAGGCCAGAGUGAGCACGGCCACAGAGAUCGUCACCCCGGUCAGUGCGGGUGACCUGCUGUCUCCUGACAUGAUCCUGAGUUGCCUGUACCCUGGGGAUCACGGCAAGAAGACCCCCAACCCAGCCAACCAGUACCAGUUUGACAAAGUCGGCAUCUUGACCCUGAGUGACUACGUGCUGGAACUGGGGCACCCCUAUCUGUGGGUGCAGAAGCUUGGGGGCCUGCACUUCCCCAAGGAUCAGCCACAGCACACGGUGACCGCGGACAACUCGCUGAGCGCCAGCCACAUGGAGACCACCAUGAAGCUGCUGAGGACGCGGCUGCAGGCCCGCCUGGCUCUCACUAAGCAGUAUGCCUCCUUGGAGCACGGGAUUGUGCCAGUCAGCAGUGAGUGCCAGAGCCUUUUCCCGGCAAAAAUCGUGUCCCGCCUCGUGAAGUGGGUGGCAAUCGCCUAUGAGGAUUAUGUGGACCUGCCUUACACCCGGGAUAUUGUGGAGGCGGGGCUGGCAGAGGAUACACACCUGUAUUACCUGGCACUCAUUGAGAGAGGAACAGCCAAACUUCAGGCGGCCGUGGUGCUGAACCCUGGCUACUCCUCCAUCCCCCCCAUUUUCCGACUUUGUCUGAAUUGGAAAGGAGAGAAGACCAGCAGCAAUGACGACAAUAUCCGGGCCAUGGAGAGCGAGGUCAGCGUGUGUUACCGGGAGCUUUAUGGCCCCAAGCCUGGUCACCAGCUCCUGACCAAUCAGCUGCAGCGUCUGUGCGUUGUGCUAGACGUUUAUCUGGAGACCGAGAGCCAUGACACCAGCGUGGAAGGGCCUAAGGAGUUUCCCCAGGAGAAAAUGUGUCUCCGCCUGGUCAGGGGUCCUAGCCGUAUGAAGCCAUUCAAGUACAACUAUCCGCAGGGGUUCUUCAGCCAUCGUUGACCAUCAGACUGCCUUGCGUCUCUGUCCAUCACCAGACAAGCUUCCAGCAGUGGGUGGGCAUGAGGCUCCCGUACCAUGGGUGUGGCUUGUGUAUUUCUCCAGGUCUUCUAAAGCCAAUUUUGUAUUUUUGAUGUAUUAAAUAUGUCUGUGGGUAAAGUGA